AUGCAGAAGUCACUCACAGCGCUCGUUGUCGCCGUCCCCCUCGUCCUCUGGCACCUCCUCAAGCCUAACAAGUCGCUGCCCCUGCCGCCGGGGCCGCCAAAGCGCUUCCUCACCGGUAAUCUUCACCAGUUGCCGACGGUCAAGCAGUGGCUGGUGUAUGCGGAGUGGUCAAAACAGUAUGGGCCCAUUAUGACGCUGCAGAUACUGAACCGCGUAACCAUCCUCAUCACCUCCGCCAAAGUCGCGCUGGACCUGCUCGAUGCGCGCGCGUCCAUCUACUCCAGUCGGCCGUGGACAUGGAUGCUGCAUGACCUCGCGGGGAAUGGCUCCUCCAUGUUCUCCCUGUCAUCCCAGGACCCGCGGUUUCCUCGCUAUCGCAAGAUGCUCGUAGCGGGGAUGAAUAAGCGGGCGGUCGGGCGAUAUCGGCCGGUGCUGGAGGCAGCGCUGAAGGAGUUUUUGAGGAAUAUCGCGACACGACCAGACAACUAUGAGUCGGUGUUGACUACCUACUCGGGCGGGGUUGCACUCAAGAUUGCUUAUGGAUACGACAUUACGGAACCCGUUGAAGACGACUUCUUCGUGCAAUUGAUUGAGGGUGGUGAGGGGACUGUCCCUUCGCUGGUACAGCCAUUCUUCUUUGUGGAAGCCUUCCCAUUCCUCCGCUUUCUUCCAAAAUGGUUUCCUCUCGCGACUUUCCAUCGCAUUGCCGCCGCAAAGAAGAAGAUCCUCGAUGCCAUGGUGUAUGUACCGAAUGAGUGGGCAAAGAAGAAAUUGGAAACCAAUCCAUCCGAUUCUUCGUUCUUCUCGGAACACUACUUUGCCAAGGAGGAUGGCGGGUCGCUCAGCAAAACCGAAGCGGACGAUCUAAUGUGGACUGCGGGGGCGAUUUACACUGGCGGAGCACACACUACUUCUUCAGCGAUAGCCACGUUUCUUCUUUUGAUUUCGAGCCACGCGCAAGUCCAAGCACGGGCGCGAGAGGAGAUUGAUCGUGUGGUUGGACGAGGACGACUUGUUAACUCGGAUGACCGGGCGGCAAUGCCAUAUCUUGCUGCAAUCCUCAAGGAGACAUUGCGCUGGGCGCCGCCUGUUCCUCAAGGUCUGCGACACGCUGUCAUUCAAGACGAUAUCUACAAUGGCUAUUUGAUUCCCAAAGGCUCCGCUGUCAUAGCCAAUAUCUGGGCAAUCACCCACGACGCGGAGAUGUACCCCAAGCCGUUUGAGUUUGACCCCUCCCGCUUUCUUGGGGACACGCCUCAGCGCGAUCCUGCAGAGUUAUUCCUACUUUCCCAAACAUUCUUACUUGCUGAUAUUGUCGUUAGUUUCGUCUUUGGCUUUGGCCGCCGCGUCUGCCCUGGCGCCACUCUCGCUGAAGAAUCUGUGUUCCUCGCUGCUGCGAACCUGCUUGCGCUCUUCGAUAUCAAGAAGGCCCUGGACACCGCGGGGAGGGAGGUUGAUCCCAUGGAGAGCCUGGAUUGGCGGACGGGGCUCGUUACGAUUCCGCUGAACUUUAAGUUCCGUUUGGUGCCCCGGUCUGCGGACACGCUUGCCGCUAUGAUAGACGGAUAG